AUGGUGUCCAACUGGCAGGCUGGUGAUUGGAUCGAAAUAGCUCAACAUUCUCGGUUGGCGGGUAAUGCAUCGCCGCAAAGCGAACGGAGCUCCAAUGCUACGGCAAUUCAGGAACCCAGUGUACGGCCACCGGUGGGAGACCAGCCUUCAUCGCAAGUUUCACCUAAUCAAGCACUUCCUCAAAAAUACGCCUCCCUCCCCGCAUCACCCUUGGACCAAAACACGGGUCACAAAGACACGCGCACAUCCACCGAUCCCGGGACCCACGAUCGCUUUCUACUCUUCCCACCGGCCACGCUUGCCGAGCAAGCUUGUCUACCGAAACUACCUCCAAGCAGCACACCUGAUCCUGCUCCAGACUUUUCAUCACAACGCUCUACCCAACUGACACAUCAUAGGCCUAUUUCAUUGGGCACAGGCUCGCAGGAGAACGCCCCUCCACUAUCUGAUCAUUUAUCCCAACCCUCUUGGGACAAAGACCUGGUCAAGCCUGGCGCUGUGUUAUUUUCAACCGGCCCGGUCAUGUCUAAAGCACCAACUGGACCGCCUCCCAGCACAGAUCCGGCGCGUCGUUCUUCCGGAGACAGGACCUUUUGGGCAGCUCCUAGUGGGGUUCCUUCAACUAAUCCCUCAUCCGACUCGACGCCCACCCAGGACCGAGAAACAGUUCCUCCCCCUGGAUAUCAGCCAGACACGCCUUCCUUAGUCUACACCACUGGUCACUCUGCAAAUACCAGCUCACACCCAGGUUAUCCACACCCUUACCCCACGUAUCCCGGAAACGCCCCUUUUGGCCCAUCCUCUCCUCGGCAUCCGUCCUUUGGUGGACCGCCUAAUAGCAGCCCCCAUGUCCAAGGAGGAGGGUACCCCAAUACUGGGUCGGCUACUGCAUUUCCCAACUAUCGACCAGGCAUGCCGUAUAGUCCAUACACGCCCUAUCAGAGUGGCUCUGGUUUCAGCCAAUAUCCCACGUCGCCGCCUACCUUUGGGCCUAUGCCAGGGAAUUUUCCGGGUGGCUACUCCACAGCGUCCCCGGUUGCGGGCGGCUACCCGACUUCGCCCUCGAGUGGAAACUAUCAGGGUUCUUCUGUGGGAGGUGGCUACUCAUCACCUACAGGGGCGUAUGGAAUGCAUUUUGCACCAUACGGCAUGGUUUCGGGACCGCCCAUGUAUGCACCAGCUACUUACGCACACGCGCCUUAUGGCCAUCCAUAUCUUCCACCUCAAGGUCAUACUGAUGACGGACCAACAUCCGGAAUGUGGUGGUUCAUGCCUGCCGGGGGUGGCUCUGCACCGCCGGUAGGAACGUAUGGCGGUCAGCCGCCAGCCCAACAAUUCCUCCAACGAUUUGACAGUUCGCAGCAGUCAUCUCACCCGAUGGCAGUCAUGUUAAACACCAACUCAUCUCACCCCCAAGGGUUUCCUAAUCCUGUUGGACUUCCGCCCCCGCCUGCUGCUCAUUCGCCAAGAACUGCGCUAUCUCCCGUGAGUACGGGACCCGCCCCUUCCGCAGCAUCACCUCACCAGAUGUAUGCGGCAUUCGGGGCCAUGAGCUUACAGUCUCCACAGCCUCCCAUGGGAAGGCAACUACCCGCGCUUACAUUACCAAUCCAUACGCACACAUCAUCUCCGUCUGCCCCACCGUCUGCAAGCGUCCAGUCUCCGGUUCAACCCACAUCCACAUCUAAAGGCAGAGCAUCAGCCGCUAGUAAAGCAGGGCCCGGUGGCUCCCGCGUUACAUCUCCUGCAACACGUAGGCCGUGGCAUCCAAACCCACCAGUCGCGCGUUCAGACUGGGUUAUGUGGGUCGGGAAUGUCCCCAGCGAUGCGACACAUGACGAGCUCUGGUCUUUUUUCAACCAGGACACGACUGCACGCGAACCUGUUGCGACCACUGGCCCAACUCGGACGCUACUACCACCUGUCCCUUUAGACAAACAGGAUGGCGAUGUGGGAGGCACCAGCGCGGAGCACUCCCAUGGGGUGUCCUCUGUAUUCCUCAUCUCACGCUCCAACUGCGCGUUUGUCAAUUACGAAGAAGAAGUGUAUCUGAAUCGAGCUGUUUCAUUCUUUAAUGGUCGCCCACUGCGCCCAAAGGAUCCGCGAUGCCCACGAUUGGUAUGUCGCGUUCGACGCAAGGAUGACGAUCUUCGUGCAGGUGUAGGAGGGCAACGAGGUAUGGGCAUGCAUGCACGGUGGGUCCAGGAACAAGAACGAAAGAUGGAAGCAGCAUCUGGCAUCGAUGCGGUAAAGGACAAGGAAGCGAUAGUGGAUGAUCCUGCUACAUCUCCUUCAACAUACCUUGGCGCCACGUCGUCUUCGGGUUCCUCGCCUCCAAUCCCUGCACCUGUUGACGAUGUACAUCAGCUUCCUGCCGAUCUGUUAGGAAGACCACAUGCUGGAGACCCGAAAGAUUAUCCUGCGGCACAUCAUUCUGGCUCUGGCUCAACGAAUUCGAGUUUCCUCAUACGCAAUUUCCCAAAGCGGUAUUUCAUUCUCAAAUCGUUAACUCCAUCCGAUCUCAAUACCAGCGUUGAUCGUGGCUUGUGGGCAACGCAGGCGCAUAACGAGUCUACAUUGGACAGGGCCUACCGAACUAGUAAAGAUGUGUACCUGAUCUUUUCGGCAAACAAGUCAGGCGAAUGGUUUGGCUAUGCUAGGAUGGAUGGGCCCAUCAUCGGUAGCCAGCAAUCUGUGAGCUGGGAAUCUCGUGGCCCCUCUAGAUCCCCAACUUCCCCUACAGUACAGCGCAAGCCCGAGGCUACAGCGGGUACAUCGGUCGAUGGAGCCGAGACUGGACAAUUGGGAGCCAAGCCGGCCUUCUUCUCUCCCAGUGAACACAAGUUUGCGGCGAGCCCUGCACCAAUCACACCCAACAAAUACAGGCAACACAUUCCCGCGCCCGCGUAUAGACGGCCAAAUAUCUGCACCAGCGGAAAUGGGCCAAGCCACAAGCAACUGACAAAACCAGAUGGAGCUGAGCGUAAUAAUGACGCGACUGGACCAGCGGGUGAAAUUGUUCAGGCAGAUACGUUCAAACUUGACCAGAGCGCGCCAUACCGAGCUGCUCGGACCUCGAGUGCGUUGGCGAUCCUUCGAAAGAACAAGGGAGUCACAUGGACGGCGAUGGCGUUAGACCCGAGUGUGCAUCCCAUUAGAGAAACGCUCCCCAAGAACGUGGAAGCUGAUGACAAGGCCGAUAGCUGGGGCAAACCGUUCAAAAUCCGCUGGAUCAAAACAGAGAGAUUACCGUUUCAUCGUACGCGACACUUGCGCAACCCAUGGAACAGUGACCGCGAAGUCAAGGUUUCGCGGGAUGGUACAGAGGUAGAGCCAGGCGUCGGACAGCGCUUGCUGGACGAGUGGGAUCGGGUUGUGGAGGAGCCCGAGCCGACUUCUGCUGGUGGCGCUGCUUCGUCUUCGCGGAACCCACCGCCUCGUUCUGGGGCGCAACAAAGCGCACUUGCUUCUGCUCCUGCCCCGUCUACAAGUCGCGGGCAACCCGGGCGUGCCCGAUGA